UAAGCCGGAGACACCGGAUGCAAGGUGGCCUAGAGCAGCAGCUGAUUUCUGGAGUUGGGGGAAGAGGGUCCCGCAGCCCCGAACGGAUAGCCUUAGGUGGUAUAAGGCACUACGUCGAGAGAACCAUCAGAAGCACAGGCGCAGGCGCAGGCGCAGGCGCAGGGAUACGGCUUCCUCCGCGGAGACUGAAGGUUUUUCGAGGAACACUGGCCCCCAGGUUGAGAAUUUUCAAGUAUUUUCUCAGCUGUAAAUAGGAACGACCCACUCUCACCUCUUCGCAAAAAUUAUAACUCACAUAACCAGAAGAAAAUGAAGCGGAAGGAACUGGAAAGUUUCUUGCAACAAGUUGAUGGCUUUGAGAAGCCCAAAUUACUUCUGGAACAGUAUCCGACCAGGCCCCACAUUGCAGCAUGUAUGCUAUAUACAAUUCAUAAUACAUAUGAUGACAUUGAAAACAAAGUGGUUGGAGAUCUAGGGUGUGGUUGUGGAAUGCUUAGUAUUGGAACGGCAAUGUUAGGAGCAGGGUUGUGUGUUGGAUUUGAUAUAGAUGAGGAUGCAUUAGAAAUAUUUAGUAGAAAUGUCGCAGAGUUUGAGCUGACAAAUAUUGACAUGAUUCAAUGCAAUGUGUGUUCUUUAUCUGAUACAAUGUUCAAGUCCUUUGAUACUAUAAUCAUGAAUCCUCCCUUUGGAACCAAGCAUAAUAAAGGUAUGGAUAUGUCAUUUUUGAAGAUUGCUUUACAAAUGGCACGAGUAGCUGUAUAUUCUUUACAUAAAUCUUCAACCCGAGAACAUAUUCAAAAGAAAGCAGAUGAAUGGAAAAUUAAGAUGGAUGUUAUAGCAGCACCUAAAGCAUCUGUAUGACUUUGCAUCUUAACUACCAACCAUGCACUUGAAAUAGAUGAAGCAAAAUAAAGAUUAUAUUCUAGGGUUCUCUCUUGAUGCAUAUAAAUCAUACAUUUAUUUUGGUCAUUAUAGUGGUGAUGGAGCAGGACCACUCAUGUCAAUACUAGUGAGAAAAUAUUUCUGAGUCACUUGACUGUCCAGUUAGGCAAAUAUAUGAUACUAUAGAAGGAAGAUCUCUUAAGAAUAUGGCUUUUGUCGUGCCAUUUUCAUCCUCUAGCGAUAGCUAUUUGUCACAAUCUCUGCUGAAUGUGUUAAUUCAAAUGAAGAUCUACUUUCUCUCCCUCUUAUUUUCUUCCAAGUAUCUCCCAAGAAAAACAAAGCCUGUUUAAAAAAAUAAUUUAAAAAUAUGGAAUGCUUCACAAAUUAGCAUGUUAUCCUUCCAAAAGGAUCAUGCUAGUCUUCACUGUAUUAUUCCAAUUUUAGUAAACACUUAUCUCAAGAAUUGGACAUAAUUGGACACUUUUAAUUAUAAUUUUAUCAGUAAUGUUUUUAAAAAGUUGAGACGAGUAUAUUCACUACUGCAGUGUGAGUGUGUGUGUGUGUGU